GGCACACAUCCCGGACUGAUCGAGACCUUUGUUCCGCGCCGCGAGUGCCGAGGCGCGCUGCCUGCAGGCAAACACUAAGUGCCGGGCAAUGGCACUCUGACGGGGCGGGGCGAGGCGGGCCAAGCAGGGCGGGACGAGGGCGGUAGUGUCAGGUGACCUCAGUGUUGGUCCUGACGCAGGUGAGGCCAGUGGUGCCAGCUCGCUGCUUGGGUCGCCCCAGCCAUGUGACGCCAGUGGCAGCCACGCCUUCCCGCGGGGCACACACAGCGCCGCCAAGCACGCCGCCACGCACCCACCGCCAGUGACGCGCGAGUGACAGUGACCUCAGCCCCGCUAUGGUGACACUGCGCCGCCAGGCCCCGCGCCCCGCGCCAGCCCCGCGACGGUGACGCCCCAGAGCCAGGCCCGCCUGGCACCACGGAGUGACAGUGCCGCGCCGCGAUGGUGUAAGGGACGCCACGAGUGGCAGAGCGUAGAGCAGCACAGGCAGCAGCAGGCAGGGAGGCAGGGCGCCGGCCAGCAGGUGGCGGGGCGGCAGGGCGCGGCACUAUGAUGCCGGAGCUCCGAUCGUGCCGCUACGACACGCGUUACUCUGACAGCCUCUCGCCGGACGCCAGGCCGUACUCCGUAUCGCCGAGCUUCCCCGGUCACGCCCACCGCCACGCCCGCCGCAACUGCUCGCCCCAGCACGAGCCGCGUCCCUCCUCCGCCGAGCUCGCAGAGCCCUUCGCCAGCAGUCCGCAGCACAGAGGCGGUGACCUCUUCAAGUCCGAGGAUGAGUACAUGGACGAAGACGACGCCCACGUGCCGCACGUGCUGGCGCCCUCCACGCACGUCGCGGGCCACGCCCACGCCCGCACCUGCCUACUGUGGGCGUGCAAGGCGUGCAAGAGGAAGAGCGUGACAGUGGACAGGCGCAAGGCGGCCACCAUGCGGGAGCGGCGCCGGCUGCGGAAGGUGAACGAAGCUUUUGAGAUGCUGAAACGAAGGACAUGCAGUAAUCCUAACCAAAGGAUGCCCAAGGUGGAAAUCCUACGCAACGCCAUUGAAUACAUAGAGUCCUUGGAGGAUCUGCUACAUGGCACUCCUUCCCCAGAGGCACCCAAUACUGACAACACUCCGGAUGGCACUUGCACCUCCUCCCACUACCUGAGUUCCGGGGGGUCAGGUUUCUUUCCGGAGAGGUCAGGGCAUUAUGGGGACACUGCCAAUGCUUACUCCUCGCUUGCAGGACACGACCAGAGCGGCAGCGGCGGCGUGGCAGGAGGCGGCGGCGGCGGAGCGACAUCCACCUCUAGUUUGGAUUGUCUCUCGCUUAUCGUGGAGUCUAUUAGCCCUUCCACCACAGGCAUCAUGAACAGUGUGGCUGACAAGGGGACGUAACGCUCUGGACCAGGUUAAGUGCAGCGUUGUAUAGAAGAAAAUGAAGAGGAGGAGGACGAGGAGGUGGGUGGAGAGGGCACUACUAAGCUAUGUAUCUUUGAAAAUUUGCUUAAACGAAUACAACAGUGACUGACAAGGGGCAUUUAACCUCUCAGAAAUAUGGAGUCGUAUAGAGAAAAGACAUUACUGUGCCAUACCUCUGAAAAUGUGAGCAACUGACGAACAAAACAGCGGCUGACGAGGAAACUUCAGCACUACGUACACAGGGUAUCGUCACUGCUUCAUGUUCGGGGCAGCACCAAACAAGCCGCAAAUGAGGCAGUGAAGCAAAAGCCCUCUACACAAGGCAAGGAUGUAGUCGCCUUCCAUUUUACAGCCAUGGGAGGAAAGAAAACGAAGCUUCUAGUGACGGCAGUGAGUGAAAAAAAAGCCCGAUAUUCAGAGACGCUUUCCUCUCUCACCGCGACCAUUUUCAAAGACCACAGAUUUCUAAAGGCGAGUUCUAAAGAGUAUCUAUCCUAUUAAUAAUGCAGGAAACUUGUUAAUAUGUCACUAGAAUUACAGAAACAUCCUUAAAAACCGGUGUCACUUCAACUAGAGCCCUUUGAAAACAGUGAAGGUGCGGCGCGGAAGUGUUUCAGAAUAUGGGGCUUAAACCUUAAAUUUUUCAUCAGGACUUGUGUUUAGAGGCUACAGAAAUUAGUUAGGUUUUCUUAAGUGUUGCAGAAUCCUUGUUAAAUAAUCACUACAAUCCUAAAAACCCUUGAAAAAAACAGCAACGUCCAUGAAAACUGUCAUUGCUGUUAUCUGAGGCGACGCAAAAAACAGAAAAAAGGAAAAAUUAUCGAGGAAGGUACAAGAACACAUAACAAGUGGAGAAAAGAUAAGGAAAAGAAUGAAAAAUGUGGUGCCGGCCUGAAAAAAGAUGGGCGAUGUGCAGAUACACGUGAAGAGAGUGUGAGUUGUUAUUGUGAGGUAAUAGACACUUCUGUAUGUGCCUUGUGCCUUAAAGUGGGUGCUCAGUGAGUGCUGAGGUGAGUCUCCUGCUGUGUGAUGCCAAAAGACUGAUAUUUAGUACUUAAGGUGAAAUGUUUCUAAGCGAAGGUAUUACCACAUCUUUUUGUUUUAUUUCUCUGUUUUUCGUACUUAUUCCCGUCACAGAAUGAAGUGAUAUACGUUUCUAUAUUUUCGCCUCCUAUCUGUUUACUUUUUUGCUCUUUACAAUCACCACAAUAUGAAGAUACAAGCUUUAUUUUUCUCCCUUUCCAUUAAUUCACUUAUCAUCGUCACAGAAUAAAGUGAUAUCCGUUUCUAUACUUUCUUUUCUUUUCUUUCUAUAUUUUAUCUUUAUUUUUACCGUCACAGUAUGAAGUUACACGCUUUUUUCGUCUUCCUUUACCUUAUUUCACUUAUCACCGUCACAAAAUACAGUGAUACACGCUUCCCUCUCUAAGUAUUUUGUAAUGUAUAGGAAGGGAGAGUGGAAACGUUAUUGGGAGCAACGUAAUGAGGGAAAGAAUUCAGACCGUCGACUCAUUUCCAUUCUAAGACAAGAUUUUUUAUUCAAUUUUUUUUUUUUUUCUUGAAGUGUGUGGCGCGGUGAGUAAGGACACUGACAACAACACAGCGAGUCUCACAAUGUACAAGAGGACGAGGGGAAAGAAAAUAUCCCUCUUUUACCUAAGUUAUCUGCCAAGUUUAUUAUUAUUAGGCAAUUAUAAAACCCUAUACAUAUACUACUAUUUCUUCCAGCGGUACUUACUCAUAUUAUAAAAGGGACAAUACUCAGAAAUAAAAGUAUUAUCACAAAUAUCAUCCAAUACACA